AUGCCACUGAAUCCUCAUGAGAUUAGUGAACUAAUUAAACAACGCAUUGCCAAGCUGGAUAUCCACAGUGAAUUUAGCCAUCAAGGUAAUAUUGUCUCUGUCUAUGACGGCAUUAUUCGCAUUUAUGGCCUCUCUGAGGUUAUGCAAGGGGAAGUGCUACAGCUACCCGGUGAGCGUUAUGCUUUGGCACUCAAUCUAGAACGAGACACGGUGGGUGCUGUUGUCAUGGGUCCUUACAGUGAUUUAACUGAGGGCAUGGCUGUCUAUAGUACUGGUCGAAUGCUAGAGGCCCUGGUAGGAGAAGGUCUACUGGGCAGAGUUCUCAAUGUUUUGGGACAACCGAUCGACGGUAAAGGGGAGCUCGAGCAUGAUGGAACUGCAGCGGUUGAAGUCAUAGCACCUGGCGUGAUUGAACGUCAAUCGGUAGAUAAACCCCUGCAAACCGGUUACAAAGCCAUCGAUGCCAUGGUUCCGAUUGGGCGUGGCCAACGGGAAUUGAUCAUCGGUGAUCGACAAACUGGUAAAACUGCUUUAGCGGUUGAUACCAUGAUUAAUCAGUGCCACUUUGGUGUUAAAUGUAUCUAUGUGGCCAUUGGCCAAAAAGCCUCUACCGUCUCUGAAGUGGUCCGGCAGUUAGAAGAGCAUGAUGCGUUAGCGCAUACUAUUGUUGUAGUCGCUUCCGCUGCCGAGUCAGCAGUAUUGCAAUAUUUAGCCCCCUAUGUCGGAUGUACAAUGGGCGAAUAUUUUCGGGAUCGCGGUGAAGAUGCAUUAAUCGUUUAUGACGACCUUUCCAAACAAUCGGUGGCUUACCGACAAAUCUCUUUGUUACUACGAUGCCCUCCUGGUCGUGAAGCUUUUCCUGGCGAUAUCUUUUAUAUUCAUUCACGGCUACUAGAGCGCGCGGCGCGAGUCAAUGCCGAUUAUGUCGAACGCUUUACUCAAGGGAAAGUCACCGGAAAAAGUGGUUCGCUCACGGCCUUACCGAUUAUUGAAACUCAAGCGGGGGACGUCUCAGCCUUUGUCCCUACUAAUGUCAUCUCGAUUACCGAUGGACAGAUAUUCUUAGAAAGUACGCUAUCUAACGCCGGAGUCCGUCCAGCCAUCAAUCCCGGUAUUUCAGUCUCUUGAGUGGGAGGCGCUGCACAAAGCAAACUCAUCCGCCAAUUAUCCAGCAGCGUACGCACUGCAUUGGCGCAAUAUCGAGAAUUAGCAGCCUUUUCUCAAUUUGCCUCCGAUCUAGAUGAAGUCACUCGUAAGCAAUUGGCUCACGGAGAGGUCACCGAGUUGCUUAAGCAGGCACGCUACCAACCGUUGUCCAUUGCCGAGCAAGCUUUACUGCUGUUUGCGGUAGCGCACAAUCACUUGGAUGAUAUUCCUGUAGAAACGAUCCAAAAUUUUGAACAUGAGCUGCUUAGCUAUGCGAAACGUGAAUAUUUGCAGUUUAUCAAUGAGCUUAACGCAUCGGGGAACUACGAUAAGCGCAUUGAAAAGUACUUAAAACAAAUUUUGGAUGCCUUUAAAGCGAAUCAUCCCGGAUCGGAAGCAUGA